CAGGUUAGCAAAUCUGCUAACUAUUAUUAUCCAGUAACCGAGCCGGGUUUUUUUCCCCCACCGAUUUAAAAAAAAAAAUAAUAAUAAUUUAAAAAAAAUAACUCGUCUAGCCACCUUUCAGUUAUGGCUUCCGUUUUAGAUGCUCUUUGGGAGGACAGAGACGUUCGUUUCGACAUAACCGCACAGCAGAUGAAAACUCGGCCCGGUGAAGUGCUGAUAGACUGCCUUGACUCCAUCGAAGACACGAAAGGAAAUAACGGAGAUCGAGGACGACUCUUGGUGACGAACCUGAGAAUUAUUUGGCAUUCUUUGGCCUUGCCCAGAGUGAAUUUGUCUGUGGGAUACAACUCCAUCAUUAACAUCACAACGAGAACAGCAAACUCCAAACUUCGAGGCCAAACUGAAGCCCUCUACAUCCUGACAAAGUCCAACAACACGAGAUUUGAGUUCAUCUUCACCAAUGUGGUUCCAGGAAGUCCCCGCCUCUUUACAUCCGUCAUUGCCGUGCACAGGGCCUAUGAGACUUCUAAAAUGUACCGGGACCUGAAACUGCGAGCAGCGCUUAUUCAAAACAAGAACCUGCGACUUUUACCUCGGGAGCAAGUUUACGACAAAAUCAAUGGCGUCUGGAAUUUAUCCAGUGAUCAGGGGAACCUGGGAACUUUCUUUGUCACCAAUGUGCGGAUUGUAUGGCACGCCAAUAUGAACGAGAGCUUCAAUGUCAGCAUUCCUUACCUCCAAAUUUGGUCUAUCCGAAUAAGAGACUCCAAAUUUGGUUUGGCUUUGGUGAUAGAGAGUUCGCGCCAGAGUGGCGGUUAUGUGCUGGGGUUUAAGAUUGACCCGGUGGAUAAGCUUCAGGAUGCUCUGAAAGAAAUCAACUCGCUGCAUAAGGUAUACUCUGCCAACCCCAUUUUUGGAGUGGACUAUGAAAUGGAAGAAAAGCCGCUGCCGUUGGAAGACGUGACGCUGGAGCAGCCUCCCGAUGAUGUGGAAAUCGAGCCGGACGAGCAGACGGACGCUUUCACUGCCUACUUCGCUGAUGGAAACAAGCAACAAGACCGCGAGCCCGUUUUUUCAGAGGAGUUAGGCCUCGCCAUUGAAAAGCUGAGGGAUGGAUUUACCCUUCAAGGACUGUGGGAAGUCAUGAACUGAAAUAAUAUUCAAUAUUUAUGUAUCAUCGAUGUAGAUUGUUGUGAUUACAGAGAUCAGAUUUACAAAACUGUAUAGUAUUGAUCGUUUCUUAUUUUAUAGUUUAUUUAUACAGGACGUAUUUAUUGUGAAGUUACUUGUACAUCUGUAUUAAAAUAAUAUUAUUGGUGUUAUUUAAAAGCAAACCAAAUAUCUUAUACAGUCUAUCUGUGUAUACUGUACAUAGUUUUGUACCUCAUGUCUAAACACAGCACUCAAGUAUUUUAGUAAUGCUAAAAGAGGACAAAGUGUCAUCGCCUAUAGCAGCAGCUGUUCACUCAUUGUGUCUGCAAGCUAAUACUGGUCAGCACUGUCAUUGAUUUAUGACUUAAUGUACCUAAAAUGUCAAACGUGAGCAAUAAGUACUUAAACAAAUCUGACCAAUGUGUUUUCUGUUUCACUGACUUUCUUGUAAACCUAACCUACAUUUAGCCCAUGCUGGGGUCAGUGGUGGCAAAAGUACUCAUGCUGUACCCAAGUUCAGAUACUUUUAUUUAUAUAAAAAAAAAAAAAAAAAAACAAAGGCGGGUAAAAGUGAAAGUUCUGAUUUACCUCCUAUACUUGAGUAAAAUUUAUAAAAAGUACAGUCUCGGAAAUGUAGCCUACUUAAAUAAAAAAAUUAUAAUUUUUUUUUUUACUGUAAAUUAGGCUACAGUCUAUAGCCUACAAUACCAUUUAGAUAACUUGGCACAAUGAAUAAAAACAGUUUCUCAUUUAUUGCAUAGUGCUCGUACAUGUAAAAAGAAUGUCGCAUGUUGUUGUUAAGCGCUAGCUGCACUGGCUCAACUUAAAUGCUGUCACAACACUUCUCAUAACUUUACUAACGUCCUGAAAUUGUGGAUAAAAAAAUACGCUAAUUUAGCUAAUGAUUACAACUGAAUAAAAUAUACCGUGGUUGAC